CCCGCCUCCUCUGGUCGGAACUACAGUGGGCUGGGAGGGGGCGUCGGCCCAUUACUGACGUAUCCCUCCGCCCCUCUUCGCGACGCCUUGGCUGCCAGUGCUUCGUGUCGCAUCCUGCGCAACCCCUACCCAACACCUGCGUGUUUUGGUGCAGCGGUGGGCCGGAGAGGUGCGUGGCGGGGCGGGAGGCCACACUGCAAUUCGAAGCGCACGGAGGGCGGUGGAAAGCUGGCACCUCGUUGAUGCCCAAGUCUCCUGUCUGCGCAGUAGGUCUGGCGAUUUCAGGCGGCAGGACGCACCUGUAGAGGAGCGGCUUGAGAAAAAGUUGGAGCAGGAAAAUAGCGUGUAUUUCUGGAGGAAAGAAGUGUGGCUUCUGCUUGGAAAAUGACCGACUUCAGAGUUGGUUCCUAUAGAAAUCCGGAAGUAGCUGUUGACUUUGAAUUUCAUUAAGAAAGAGGACCAAAACUGUUCAUCUGGAUCCAAGGUCUGCCUGUGAUUUCAGCUGUAUGGCUCAUUAACACUGGAAGCAGGGAAACCAGUGCAGGUCUAUUUCCAGCGGUGGCUGUACUGGCCUUGGAGUGGCAGAAGAUUAUCACUUUUAAUAGGUCUGCACUUAGGAACCAUCGUCUUUUCUCAGUCUUGACUUGCCUCUGCCUCUUGCCUGUGUCAUUGAAGGAGGCUUUGUGUUUGGAAAGGGGACUGUGUGACUACUAAACUGGCAAUCGACUCUAACUCUUGCUACAGAGUUUAUCUCUGACUGAAUGAAAGUGUGUCAAGAUAAGAUCUGGGACACAUUGAGAAUCCCGACUCUAUAGGGUUAUUGAUAUAACUGGGCUUUAACCAUGACUAGGAGUAGAAACAAGGCCAAAACUGAAAAAACGACUGGUGUAGGAGCUAAAACAAAGAGGGAGGCUACUGGUAUAGUUAGAUCUGUAGCCGAGACCCAGGCUAAAGCAGUAGCUGAUCCAGGGUUUCAGGCAAAUGCAGUGGCAGAGAUGAAGGCAGUGUGUAAGAAGAAGAUUGUUACUGAGAUGAAAGAAGGAGCUCUGGAAGAUUUCAGUCCCAAAGUUGAAGAUGAGGCCACUCAAGUAUCUCAGUGUUCUGUGGCUGGAGCUAGUGCCAACUCCAGGUCCACAUGUAAAGAUAAGGCUGGUAGUGAUGCCUGGUUCUGGGCUGGGGAAGAUACUAGUGUUGGUCCCUGGUUCUGGAGUGAAGAAGAGACUAGUAAUCAUUCCAGUGCCAAGGAUGAAGGUAAAGUUGCUGUUGCUCUUCCACUUUGUACUGAGAAGUUAGAGCCUAUGGCUGGGGCUACCUGUAAGGCUAGGCCAGGGGCUGAAGAGGAAGAAGAGAAUUUUAUUGGGAACUGGUUUUGGGAUGGAGAUGAAACUAGUUUUGACCCUAAUCCUAAACCUGUGAGCAGGAUAGUUAAGCCCCAGCCUGUGAUAGAAAUUAAUGAAAAAAAUAGGCCCAAGGACUGGUCUGAAGUAACUAUCUGGCCCAAAGCCCCUGCUGUAACUCCAGCAGUGUUAGGAUUUAGAUCCCAAGUCCUAUCUGAGACAAGGCCUCCUUCAUUUAUUGUCCUGGCCUCAGUUGAGGAAAAUACUCAGUCUCUGCCUGGGGCAACACUGUGUCCGUCUAAGAGCACACCCUCAUGCUUACAGUCUGUCCAGGAGUACCCAUUUGGUUCUGAUCCUUGCAUUCAGACCAUAGAGGAGAUUAGACGCCAAAUCAGGAUCAGGGAGAUGAAUGGGAUUAAGCCAUUUGCUUGCCCUUGCAAAAUAGAAUGCUACAUGAAUUCUGAGGAAUUUGAAAAACUUGUUACCUUACUUAAAUCAACUACUGAUCCUCUCAUUCAUAAAAUAGCUCAAAUUGCAAUGGGGAUUAUUAAUGUUAAUCCGUUUGUUCAAGAGUUUAUUAAUGAAGUAGGUGUAGUGACACUUAUUGAAAGCUUGCUCAGUUUUUCUUCCUCCGAAGUGAGAAAAACAGCUGUAAUUACACUGAAUCCCCCUUCUGGGGAUGAAAGACACAGCAAGACUGAAUUACAUGUUAAACAUAUGUGUAAGGAAACCAUGUCUUUUCCCUUGAACUCACCUGGACAGCAGUCUGGCUUAAAAAUACUAGGGCAACUGACUACAGAUUCUAACCAUCACCAUAUUGUGGCCAGUUACUUUUCAGAGCUUUUUAAUUUGCUUUCCCAGGGUAAUUGUAAAACCAGAAAUCUUGUUUUGAAAGUACUUUUGAAUAUGUCUGAAAACCCAGUUGCAGCCAGAGACAUGAUCAAUACAAAGGCAUUAGCAGCAUUAAAACUAAUCUUUAACCAGAAAGAAGCAAAAGCCAAUCUUGUUAGUGCUGUGGCCAUAUUUAUUAACAUAAAGGAGCAUUUCAGAAAGGGCUCAAUUGUAGUUGUCAAUCACUUGAGUUAUAACACACUCAUGGCCAUUUUCCGUGAUGUUAAAGUGAUUAUUGAAACAAUGUAGAAUGAGCCAGAAAGAAAAACAGAACAAUCUCCAAAAUCUAAUUUUCUGUUCUCAAAGAGCUGUGUAUAAUGCUUUGUUUAUUUCAGUGUGUUCAUUAAAAAUUCCAUCUCUAACAGCAUUACCUGUGACAAUCACUAGGUUUCAGGUAGACCAUUUGGGGGGGUCAAAUAAAUACUAACUAUAUCAUGAGCUAAAAAUGCCUGUUGGUUUUUAUCUUGUGUAGAUGGGGCACUACUCAACAUUUUACUUAAGAAAUUAAUGAACCUGUUUAUCCUGAGUAAGCUAACUUGUUCAUUUAUAUCUGCUUAGAUCCAUUUGUGGCUUCAAAUGGCAAAAAAAAAAAAAAAGCAUUAAACUUACAAUAUAGUUGCAGGAAUAAGGCAUAUAUACACAAAAAGAUAACUGAUUGUAUAUAUACAUAUAUUCACACUCUUGCACUCUCCAUAUGUAAAGAAGGUAGGGGUUUCUAUAAGCUGUUUAAUGAUGAAGAAUUGCUAUUUCUCUUACUCUCCCUGCAUCGCAUAACUUGUUCUUCAACACAGAAAUGGCCCUGACUCCUAGAUAAAUGUAAUACUCAUUUUCAGAUGUUGCUAUUACAUUUACAACUCAUUGUUAGGAUAUUUAAUUUAUGUCACAGUAGUCUCACAGAAGAGAAAGGAGGUAGGUAUAGGGAGUAAACAUUUCCUGAGUGCCUGUUCUUAUGUCAGAUACUGUGUUGGCACUAUAUUUCACAGGUUUCUAUUUUUCUCUUCCCACAGUGGUCCUGUGAGCUAGGUAAUCUCUCUCUCUCUCUUUCUCUCUCUCUCUCUCUCUCUCUCACACACACACACACACACACACACACACACACACACACACACACCAUUGUAUUGGAUCACCUCUAAUGCGAAUUAGGGAGGUUAAAUACUUCAGAUUCCCAUAGCAGGCAGGUGGCAUAUCUGUUUUGUAUGAUAAUAAAACCCAUUCACUAUGCUACCUUACAGUCCUAACACUUUAUUAGGUAGUGGCCUUGGAGACUCAGGGUCUGGAUUUAAUGAUUGAGUUUGCUAUAGAAAAUGUCCCUGCAAUUCUUCACUUCCAAAUGCACAUGUCCAUUAGGCAUUUGGCCAUAUGUGUUUGGGUUCAGUAGAAAAGUCUGGGUUGAGUGUGUGGAUAUGAAUUGACAAGUGUCUGGAAAACAGUAGAUACCCAAAAUUGUUGAAUAAGAUGUAAAUUUGGAGUCAUCAAGUGAAAUAUGUUAUAUAUCCAUAUCUUUGUCAGUCUGAUUAUACUUUUUUCAAAGACCUGGAAUAAUUCUGUGUAUUGUUUCACAUAUUACAUUUAAAAGGGAUAAUUGCUUUCUUCCUUGGAAAAUCAAUCUUUUUACCAUUUAUAAUUUUUAUUCCAUAUAUGUAUCAUGAAAUGUCAAAAGGUUCUAUCUUUUACUAGUAGUCUAGUCUACUUUCUGCUUUUGUACCGACUAAAACUAUAAGGUAAACCUAAUUGGAAAAUUAUAGACCCAAAAUUGCAGCUUUAUCAACACAACAGGAAAACCAGGAGACAAGCUGCUGUCUCAUCUGACAUAAUAGUGACUCCUGCAAGUCUUUAUGGUUCAGAAAACAUCCCCAGGACUUUGGAUUAUUGGAUGUGUUAUCCAAAGCUCAUGGUAGGAAUUACAAUCCCUGGUCUGAGCUGAAGAGAAUGUCUGUUUGUGAAAAUAAUGGGUUAUGUGCUUUGAACAGUUUAGAAAUGAACACAAGAUCAUACUGUAAAUAUUGUUUGUAACUUGCUUCCCCCUGCCACCAUCUGUGUAUCGUGAACAUUUUUCCAUGUCAAUAAAGAUGUUUCUGCAACGUA